CUCAAAAACGUAGUAGCUUCACCAAAGACCUGAGUCAAUGGCUCUUAACCUACUUGCUUCACUCCCUAUCUGCAAUUUCAAUAGACUACCACCUAUCCCAUCUAAAGGUCCUAUCUCACUUGUAAAAUCCAGAAGUGGCAUCGUUGUCCAAUGCAUGCCAGCCAGCAAAAUAUCAAAUAGUCCCACUGCUUUGCGGCGAUCAGCAAAUUACCAACCUACCGAUUGGCACUAUAACUACAUUCAGUCAUUGAGAAAUGAAUAUACGGGGGAAUCAUGCACUAGACAAAAUAAUAUGUUAAAGGAACAAGUGAGGAUGAUGCUUCACAAAGUGGUGGAUCCUAUAGAGCAACUCGAGCUGAUCGAUAUCUUGCAGAGAUUGGGAAUAUCUUAUCACUUUGAGGAAGAAAUAAAGAAAAUAUUAGAAGGACUUUACAACAAUAUUGACCAUGGUAGUGAUACUGACAUGUGGAAGACGAAGAAUUUAUAUGCCACAGCUCUUAAAUUUAGACUCCUAAGACAACAUGGAUAUAUUGUGUCUCAAGAAGUUUUCAAUAGUUUCAUGGAUGAGAGAGGAAAUUUCAAAGCAUGCCUUUGCGAGGAUACGAAGGGUAUGCUAUCCUUGUAUGAAGCCUCAUUCCUUUCUAUAGAAAAUGAAAAUAUCUUAGAAGAUGCAAGAGAAUUCUCAACAAAACAUCUGAAAGUAUACAUCAAGAAGAAUAAAGAUAAAAAUCUUUCUGCUUUAGUGAGCCAUUCCUUGGAGGUUCCACUACAUUGGAGGAUGCUUAGGUUGGAAGCAAGGUGGUUCAUUGAUAUAUAUAGAAGAAGAGAAGACAUGAACACUAUCUUGCUUGAGCUUGCAGAAUUGGAUUUCAACAUGGUACAAGCAACCCACCAAGAAGAUCUAAAAGAAUUGUCAAGGUCGUGGAAGAGCACAGGCCUUGCAGAAAAUUUGAAUUUUGUGAGGGAUAGGCCAUUGGAGUGUCUCUUAUGGACAAUGGGAGUAAUGUUUCAGCCACAAUUUGGAUAUUUUAGGAGAACAAUAGCAAAGUUCGUUGCACUAAUAACAGUAAUAGAUGAUAUUUAUGAUGUAUAUGGCACUUUGGAUGAACUGGAGUGCUUCACAAAUGCUGUUGAGAGGUUUGUAACAUCAAUGAGGCUAUGUCUCGAAUACUUUAAAGCUAUCUCUAAUGAUGAAGCCGAAAAUAGUAUCACCAGUAGUCAGAUGUCGAGUAACGCGUCUUGUGAGGAGUCGUCAGUCCGCGAAGGAGCGGGCUACGACGAAACCUUUGGCUCUGGAGAUGAGUCAAACUUCUCCCUUCCGUCAGAGAGAGGGUCGUCAGCCCAAUCUCCUGACGACGAUGAGAGUUUUGCUGAGGGAGAUGAGGAUGAGGGAAGAGGGGAUGGAAAUGGCGAGGAUGGAGUGGAUGUUGACGGGGAGGACAGUGACGGGGAUGAGAGAUCCAGUGAAGGGACCUCAGAGGGUCCCGGAGAUAAUCGUCCCUUCAUUCUUCCUGAGGAUUGGGCCGUCAACAAAUUUUCGCCUGGGAUGAGUGACAAAGUUUUUAGGGAGUUACGGGUUCGUUAUCAAAUUCCAGACCACAUUCCCCUCCGUCUCCCUACAGAGAAUGAGAGGUGUUAUUCCGGGAGGACAGCUGACGUUGGCAUGUAUGACGCCAUGUUUGCUGCCGGUCUGAGAUUACCGUUGACGGCUCUACACCGUCAGCUUGCUGACUUCCUUGGAAUAUCCGUCACCCAGAUCGCCCCAAACGCCUGGAGGACUUUUAUAGGAUCUGAAAUCCUUUGGGGCAGUCUUAGCGGAGGACACCGUCAGCUCACUUUAGAAGAAUUCUUUCAUUGUUAUAGGCCUCACCACAUCGCCUCGUCUAAGGGGACGUAUCAUUUUAAUGCCAGGGAGAAAGGGCUAAGGCUAGUGUCGGAUAUGCCAGACUCAAACAGGAACUGGAAGAGUCGGUAUUUUUUUGUUGAGGGGACGGAUUGGGUUUGCCGUCAGGAGGAGUGGGCGACGAUGCCCCGUGGUUACUUUGACAAUACCUGGGCCUUCGUCAGGGAUUCAGCUUAUACCCGCCCUCACAUAACUGACGAGCAGGAGGAGUUUAUCCAACGGAUUCUGGAAAUUCCUUUGGAAGAACGUAAGUGUAGGGAUUUGAUCACCCUUGACACCCUUCACUUAUACUGUGGGGGUCCAGAUCCGUCAGCGGAAGCUCGAAAGUUGGAAGAAUUUGCACGCCGUCAAAUGGACUCUGCGAAGCAAAGGAUAAGGGCCGCCGCAGCCCGUCAGAAGGAGGAGAGAAAGAAUAAGGAGGCGGCAGGGGAGGCCUCGUCAACUCCAAAGGUCGUCGCUAAGGCGACGAAGAGGAAGCCUGACGGUGAUGACAGCCGUCCCUUAAAGAAAGCUGCCGUCACUCCAAGGGACGAACCACUGAAGGAGAAGUCCCUUCCCAAGCCUAGUCAUGGUGCGGGCAAGGGGGUGAUGACUUCUGCCGGUCCCGUCAGCGAGGGCCCCUGCCGUCUCCUGACCCACAAGGAUUAUGCCGUCGGGGAGGUUGGGUCCCUGAUUAAACCGACGGAUAUUGAACCUUGUGACCAGGUGGGGACGGAGGAACUAGGGGCGUCAGCCCUUUUUGACCUUACCAGGGCCUUGGUUCGUGUCAAGGCCCUUCAAGAUCGUUGUGUGGCGAAGGAGGGGGUCGUCACUCGAGUCCGCAGUCACAAUAAAAGCCUGAUGAACCAGCAAGCUCAGUACAAGGAUGCCGUCCGUACCCUCAACACGGAGCUGCAAGAAGUUAAGGAGAAGCUGACGGAGAGCGGUAGUCGGAGUGAUAAACUCCAGGAAGAGGUGACGGCACUGAGCGAAAAGCUGCAGACGGCGGGGGCUGACGCGAUCAGAGAUUUCAAAGCGUCGCAGGCUUUCUUUGACUCGUGUGGCGAAUAUUAUGGCACCGGGUUUGAAGACUGCCUUCAGCAAGUCGCGUCGGCCUACCCGGAGUUGGAUUUAUCCGGGAUCACCAUGGGUGAUGGAGACGACAGCCUCCGUCAGUCUACUCCGAGGCGCGACGACAGCGUGGUCCUGGCCCAGCCUGCUGCUAAUCCUGCUGCUUCUGAUUCUCCUGCUGUGAUUGUGGAUGCUGACGGCAAGAAUGCUGAUGUUCCUGCCCCUUAGCUCUUAUUUUGUAUUUUGGCUAUGUAUAAAACAGUUGUAGUUGUAAUUUUCAAACAAUCUUUAAGUGUUCUCUUUGUUUCCCUUGGGCUUUUGUUUGUGUAUAGUUGUGUUUAAUUUCCGUAACUUUUAUAUCCCUUUGUUGAUGGUGGCCUUAGACGAAAUUUUGGUAAUUAUUCUCGUCUACUUGGAUUACGUCAGCUAUUUUGCACUGUUGGAAGCCCCCGUUGGCAUGAAUGCCGUGCCUAGGCCUUAAGCUCCGUCGGCUUGAUGACCGUUGGUCUACAGCCCUUGCUACUGUUUUAAGGUCGUCAAUCUCUUAAAUCCGUCAUUUUGAUGACUCAUUAUUGUAUGUCUUGGUUUGAGGGCUAUGUCCAUACAAUGAUCGCUUUAUCUAAUGGUCGUCAGCCUUUUUAGCUUCUAGCUUCGAUGUUUUUAACAUCAUUUUAGCUCGUCAGUUUCUUAGGACUUGAUGUUUUUAACAUCCCCCCUUUUUUUUUUUAGGACCUUGUCCCUAUGAUGAUUGUUUCAUCUUUUAGACCGUCGGCUUUUUAGAGAUUUUUUUUGGACCGUCGGCCUUACCUUUGAUGUUUUUGACACCUUUUUGGCCCGUCAGCUUUUUUAAGCCUUGAUGUAUUUUAACAUCUUUCAUGGCCCGUCGGCUUUUUAAGCCUUGAUGUAUUUUAACAUCUUUCAUGGCCCGUCAGCCUUAGCCUUGAUGUCUUUGACAUCUUUCUUGGUCCGUCAGCCUUUUAAGCCUUGAUGUAUUUUAACAUCUUUCAUGGCCCGUCGGCUUUUUAAGCCUUGAUGUAUUUUAACAUCUUUCAUGGCCCGUCGGCUUUUUAAGCCUUGAUGUAUUUUAACAUCUUUCAUGGCCCGUCAGCCUUAGCCUUGAUGUCUUUGACAUCUUUCUUGGUCCGUCAGCCUUUUAAGCCUUGAUGUAUUUUAACAUCUUUCAUGGCCCGUCGGCUUUUUAAGCCUUGAUGUAUUUUAACAUCUUUCAUGGCCCGUCGGCUUUUUAAGAUUUCCCGGACCGUCGGCCUUAGCCUUGAUGUCUUUGACAUCUUUUUGGUCCAUAUGUUGUGGACUUAGUGGUUUUGGUUGCGGACUUACUAGAUCGUAGAAAAAAUACACCAGUAAUUUCUGAAAAAACUCCUCUUAUUGCCAUGCAUUCAAAAAGUAAUUAAAAGUAAAUCCUGCCCCUUGGGCUAAAAAGAAGAAUUAUUGCAAAAAAUUAAAGUAAAUGAUAGUUCUGAGGAGUGAGACUAAAGUCUUGCCGGAAUGUAAAAUAAGAAAAAGUUCAACUUCAUGCCGUCGCUCCUACUGGUAGUAUUUUCGUAAGUGCUCGGUGUUCCAUGGGUGCGGCAGUUUCCUUCCUUCCAACGUCUCUAGAUGGUACGUGCCUUUCCUUUGCCAUGACGUGACUCUGUAGGGUCCUUCCCAAUUGGGGCCGAGUUUCCCUUGGGU